AUGCUCAGACAAGUCAGGACUCCCCGGCCUAUUGUCAAUGCAUCCAAGCAAGCCAAACAAGCAUCAGCUCUGUCAAGACUCCCCACAAAGACCUUACUACGCUCUUUAGUCCUGACAUCAAUCAUGUCGAACCGAUGGGCACUGCGGCCUUCCCUGGCAGUACUCGGCUGUCUCUCAGAGACAAAAUCCAAGCUGUUAAACCCCGAUCGCAAUAUCUUUCUAAACAAAUUGCUGAGAUGGACAGUUUACAACCACUUCUGCGCUGGUGUGGAUCGCAGGGAAGUUGUCCGAUCUGUGGAAGGGAUCAAGAAUAUGGGAUAUCAAGGUGUGAUAUUGGGAUACGCGAAGGAGGCUGUAUUGGAUGCCGAUGAAGCUGCAAACAAUAUCAUUCCUUCGGCUGCAGGUGGUCAGCAGUAUGGUCCAAGGUGUUAUGAGAUGAUCGAGGAAUGGAAAAACGGUACUUUGCAGACGCUUCGGAUGCUCGGGCUUGGUGAUUUUCUUGCGUUAAAACUGACCGGCGCAGGACCAAUCUCCAUCGAUGCAAUGAGAGCACAAAAACCAAUUCCCGAAGCCCUCAAAAAAGCUUUACAUGAGAUAUGUGAAGAAGUCGCAAAAAAAAGAUCUCGACUAUGGCUCGACGCGGAGCAACAACCCCUCCAACCCGGACUCGACGAAUGGGCCAUUUCCUUGAUGCGAAGAUUCAACCGGAACGGAAAGGCCCUCGUAUACAACACGAUCCAGACAUAUCUGAAGAACUCAAAGGCUAACGUCGACCGCCACAUCACCCUUGCUGCAAAUGAAGGCUGGGCUGUGGGAAUCAAGCUUGUUCGCGGCGCGUACAUCGAGCAUGAAAUCCGAUCUCUGAUUCACGAGACCAAGGAGGACACCGAUCGUAACUACGAUAUGAUUGUCGAUAUGCUACUUUCUCAGUCGAGUGGUAAUCUUCCACCGACGGCAUUGUUUCUCGCGACCCAUAAUGCCACUAGUACGGAGAAAGCGUUAUCCACGCAUCGCCAGAGAGUCGCGAAUAAUCAGCCAACCGCUUUCCUGGAGUGCGGUCAGGUACAGGGAAUGGCAGAUGAGCUAAGUUGCAAGCUGGUGCAUAACUAUGAGACAUCUCAACAAGGCUACCAAUUAUCAGCGGACAAGGCUGCCGCUGUGCCUAGGGCAUUUAAAUGUCUUGUUUGGGGAUCGGUGGCUGAAUGUAUGGGUUAUCUUUAUCGGCGCGCCAUUGAGAGCCGUGGAGCGGCUGAGAGGACGAGCCAUAUGGUCGAUGCGCUUAAGCAGGAGCUGAAGCGUCGUGUUUUUGGAUAG